AUAAUAUUAAAUUUCUAUUAAAUUAAAAUUUAAUUAUAUUUGUGUAAUUAUAAUUUUUUAAAUACAUUUUAUUUAAAUAAAUAUGAAUAUUUCAGUUUGUCGAAUUGGUAGUUCCUUGUUCACAAAGACUUUCCAUCGAACAAUAGCUCGAAGAUGUUUAUCUUACUAUCCAAUUGAUGAUACUUUAUUCAAUCUAAAUGAUGAACAAAUCCAGUUACGUAAAACGGUGUUUGACUAUGCGCAGAGAGAAAUAGCGCCAAAAGCAGCUGAAAUAGAUAAGACAAAUUCGUUUAAUGACUUGAGAAAAUGCUGGCGUGAACUAGGAUCACUUGGUCUCUUAGGCAUCACUAUUCCAACGGAAUUCGAAGGUACAGGAGGCAGUUAUACCGAUCAUGUCAUUGCUUUGGAAGAAAUCUCUCGAGCUAGUGGUUCUGUAGGGCUGAGUUACGUAGCCAACACAAAUCUUUGUAUGAACCAAAUUCGAUUAAAUGGAACUUUAGAACAGAAAGCAAAAUAUUUACCUCGAUUAUGUAGAGGUGAAGCUGUUGGAGCUUUGGCUAUGUCAGAACCGGGUUCAGGUUCUGACGUUGUCUCGAUGAAAUUGAAAGCAGAACGAAAAGGAUCACAUUAUAUACUAAAUGGUAGUAAAUUUUGGAUCACAAAUGGACCAGACGCUGACGUUCUAGUGGUCUAUGCUAGAACAAACCCUGAUGCUAAACAACAACAUGGCAUUUCCGCAUUUUUAAUUGAGAAAUCGUUUGAAGGGUUCUCCACUGGUCCUAAACUUGACAAACUAGGUAUGAGAGGUUCAAACACGUGUGAACUAAUUUUUCAAGAUUGCAAGGUACCUGUUGAAAAUUUAUUGGGAGGAGAAAAUAAAGGGGUGUACGUUCUAAUGUCUGGAUUAGACUUAGAAAGGCUAGUGAUUGCUGCAGGACCUGUUGGAUUAAUGCAAGCGUGCAUAGACCUAACCUUUGAUUACGUACAUUCUAGAGAACAAUUUAAUACUAAAAUUGGUGAAUUUCAAUUAAUUCAAGGGAAAAUUGCUGACAUGUACACCGCGUUAAGCGCCAGUAGAAAUUAUUUAUACAAUGUUAGUAGAGCUUGUGAUAAGGGGCACGUGUGCAGCAAAGAUUGUGCCGGAGUGUUACUUUUUGCGGCCGAGAAUUCCGUCAAAGUGGCAUUGGAUACCAUUCAAUGUUUAGGUGGAAAUGGCUACAUUAACGAUUACGCAUCAGGUAGAUUUCUAAGAGAUGCUAAGCUAUAUGAAAUCGGUGCGGGGACCAGCGAAAUAAGAAGAUUGAUUAUCGGCAGAUCGUUAAACAAAGAAUACUCUUAGAAUACUCUUAAUAUAUAUACAACAAAUAUUAUUAUUUUAUUAUUACUUUACGUCUAUUUGUAUUUUUUGAGUUCACGUUUGAACUCGCCAUAAAAAUUUAUCUAAUACCCGAAGCGGUGCGAUGAUAUUCGACAGACUGCUUUUGUAAAUGAGAAUAAGUGUUGUUUCUGAUAUAACGUAGGUUUAUUAUGCUUAUAUCAUGAUUCGGGAUACAGCCAUAGAGUAAUGGCACGGUCAUCAAGAAAAUUAAAUCUUGUUUUGUAAAUUUAAUAGAAUAAAGUUUAUAUACAUAUACAUAUUAA